AUGGGAUGUUCAAUAAAUAAGAAUUUAUCUUCCUCUAAAUAGACUACUAAUACGAAGAUCACAAACGAUAACUUCGAGGAAUACUUAAAGAGCGUGGGCUCAUUAGCAGAAUCCUACGAAAUACGAAGAGCAAAGGUCUCUUAUUAAUUAUAAAAAAAUCCCAUAAUUCAAAGGAGAAUGAACAAAUCCAAAGAAAAACUUGAUGAAACUUGUUAGGACAAGAUGUUUUUAAACUGA